AGCCUGCGUGGGAUCCAGCGGCAAUCUCUCUCCAUCUUCGCAGUGACAUACACCUGCUGGUCAUGACCCACACAAGGAUUGCUCGGUUCCUACUCCUGUGUAUCAUUUCAGCUUUGAGUUUUGCCGUGAGGAUCACUGAGGAUGGACAGAAGAUCAUCUACCUGCCCAGGGGGGAGUCCGUCAAACUGGGCUGCCCCUUUUCAACGGACCCUGAAGACAACACUCCCGACAGUGCUUGGGAUAUCCAAUGGAGGCAGGUGAUACCGGGACAGUAUCCACAGACCAACCCGCUCCUGGGUUACCAUGACCACCAGAUCAUCCGCCCCGGACCACCCGAUCUCCAGCAAAGGGUUGGGUUCACUUCUGCCGACCCCAGCCUGUACGACGCCUCUAUGCAGCUGCGCGACGUGCGGAUCACUGACUCGGCAACAUACGAAUGCACGGUGAAGAAAACCACCGAGGCCACCCACAAAGUGACCAUUGCUGUGCAAGAAAGGCCAGCGGUUCCUCAGUGCUCGAUAAUCGGCGACGUGGGUUAUGGAAACGACAUCACUUUGCGCUGCUUCGCCUCCGCGGGCUCCCCACCCCUCAGCUACCGUUGGUCCAUGACAAGCGGGCCAGGCUUCAGAGACUGGAUGCCCGGAGGACUGGGAUCUGUGCCUGGUGACCUUCACAUCUACGGCUUGAGCGAUGAACACCUGGGAACCUACCAGUGCAGCGUGGGUAACAAUGUGGGCGUGGCCUAUUGCUCUGUGGAUAUCUCCAUAGGCGGGCUCGGCCGUGGCUGGGUCAUCGGGGGAUCGGUUCUCAGCAGCCUCCUCGGCAUGGCCCUGAUCAUCGGCGGCAUUGUCUGGUGCUGCUGGUGCUGCUGGGGGAAAGGAUGCUGUGGGUCAGGCGUCGGCUGCUACUGCGGGGACAACUACUGCUGGGACUGCUGCUGGGGUGGCCAGAGGGAGGACCCGCCGGAGCAGCAGGGCACCAAAGGCAACGACAUCUGCGUCGAUGCUGAAGCUCCCCCAAGCAGACCAGGUAGUCAGGCCUUCAGCCGGGCAAGCAGCAUGCGUUCCCUCCUCGGCUACCAAACGCGGAACGGGGCCCAGUAUGCUCAAGGCCGCAAGCAGUUGCCCCAAAUCGUUCAGGUAAAGAUGACCUCUCCCCCUGCCAGUGAAAUGAGUCUUAUUCUAGCUGCUGACAUCCCGUCUCCUGAUAUUUCCGAUCAGAGCGAUGUGCCUGACCCCAUCUACACCACCAAGGGGAGGUCUCCGUACACCCCCGUGAACUCCUCUCCCAUCUACACCAAGAGUAGGCAGUCCAACAACUCGCCUUCCCAGGUCCACAUCUACACCGACCCGCACAAUUACAACCCUCCUUCGGACUCGGACAGCACCCAGUGGGACAGAAGCACCCCCAGAUCUUACAAAGGCGCAGUGGUCAUGAUGCGAUCGGCGAGCAAGGAAGGCCUUUUGAUAUGA